UAAUUAAGUCAUCAUGAAGUUUCUCUUCUUCUUCUUGUCGUCGUUCUUCUUCUCCUUCUUUUGCACCUACUCGGCGACUACUCCAAGCCCAACUAUAGUUUUCGACACCACAGGGGAGCCACUCAAGGUCGGAGAAAAAUACUAUGUUCUUAGAAAGCCAACGACACUUAAUUUGGGGGCGUUCGGGGGCCUAAAACUCUCCGACUACUCGAAUCAAGGAUGCGCUGAUGUCGUGACACAAGCAUCCCCCUCGGAAUUAGGCAUCCCUGUCAGCUUCCAUCCCCUGCAAGGAUCCGACAUCCGUCUCUCCCAAUCACUCAACAUUAGGUUCGAAACCUCCAAGCCGGCGUGCGCCAGCUCCACAGUGUGGCAAGUAGGCAAGACCGAUCCGGUUUCACAGUUACCAUUAAUAACUAUUGGAGGCGCGCUAGGUAAUCCAAGUUGCGCCAAUGGCGGGAACUGGUUCAAGAUUGAGGAGGGCUCGAUCCCAAACACCUACAGGUUUGUGACGCACCCGGACGAGUUCUGCAACUUGGCUACAGUGACUCAUGGGAUUAUUAUUCGUCCCGGAAGUAAUGGACAAAAAGUGUUGGUUCGAUCUAACAGGGAUGACAAAUAUAAUGUAAUUUUUGCGAAAGCACCGCCACCAUAAGCCGUUGUUUCGAUCUAACUGCAGUUCGUUUGUAUGAAUUCAAUGACUUCUUCUAUGAUUGCUGCUCUCUAGUUUUUUUCAAUU